ACAAGACCUACAGAACGCCCGGCCCUGUCAUCUAUUUCUAUCUGGUGAGGCGUGUGAAGCAGCGGAGGGGAAGUAAGAAUACCGCCGACAAAUACGAAGAUUGCUUGUAUUGAUGCUUAGAAUUAGUUGCAAUGGCGCACAAAAACAUCAAUUUUCCUGCCUUUAUUCCACAGUUGCAGUGGCGGCGGCACCUGCUAAUGUAUUGAUGGAGUUCCUGGUAAAUUCACUCGACUUCUCAACAAAAGAAGCCAUUUCCACAAGAGACAAGUUAACUCGUUUGAGAUACAGACACUAUGACCCGCAUUUGUUACUUCAUCUCUUUGAUGAAAUGGGUAUGAACAAAUCACAGAUCAAAACCCUUGUUUCUUCUUCUCCUCAAUUGUUGUUUUGUCGUGUUGACGAAAAUCUCAAACCCAAAAUUAAGAUUUUACAACAACUUGGCUUAUCUGGGUCUCAACUUGCUACAUUUCUUACAAAAAGUUCUUUUUUGAGAAGAGGUUUACAUACUGUUAUAGAGCCUAAUCUUGUUUAUCUAAGGGAUUUGUUGCCCAUUCAUGACCAUCUACCUAUAAGUCUUAUUAAAGAGCCUAGGUUGCUUUCCUGUAAUCUUCCUAAAGUUAUGCCACCCAAUAUAUCAUUGUUGCAAAAUUUUGGCUUUUCAAUGGCCGAUAUUCUCAAGGCUUUUCACAGGCAUCCUAGGCUUCUGCUCAAUAGUCCUGAGUGGAUUGAGAAAGCAGUAAAUCGACUAGAAAAGGAUUUUCAUAUGCCUCUCAGUUCAGGGAUGUUUCUUCAUGGUGUUCAAGUACUUGUAUCGCUUGAUGCAUCCAAAUUAGAAAGGAAAUUACAUAUUUAUCGGAGUUUUGGAUGGUCUGAUUCUGAUGUCUGUCUAAUGGUAUAAAAACUUCCUUACUGUUUGACUUCAUCAGAGGCUAAGAUAAGGACUACAUUGAAGUUUUUCAUGAACGAACUGGGGUAUGAGCCUAAUUAUCUGGCUUCUCGUGCACCGCUUUUAAAGCUUAGCUUAGAGAAGAGGAUCAUACCAAGGAAUGAAAUCUUGAAAUUUCUUAGAGAAAACCAGCUGGUAAAACGGUGGCCAAGUCUUUACACUGCUGUGUCAUAUUCUGAACUGGAUUUUCAAAAGAAAUAUGUACUUCCUUUCAGGGAAAAGAUGCCCGAGAUGUAUGAUUUAUAAAUGAAAAGUAUAAGCUAAAGAGAAAUCCUUACAGUGGAGACAAUGGCUGCAGAGCAAAGAGGUUUAUUCAGUUCCUUGAAAAUAUCUUAGAUUCUUUUUCAUGCUCUUGUCAAGCAUAUUACUGCUUGUUUACUUUUAAUUGCUGGAUAUCUAUUGAUGCACAAUGACUUUUCAAAAAAUUACGGAAUGACAAAAACUAGAAAUUGAUAUCAGUUUCAUUUUCUAUUCAACUGAUGAUUCUUGUUUAAUGACAAGUAGUAUAGAAAUCAGACGAUGUAUAUGACAUUGAUAUUUGAAUGGUUAUCUCAAUCAGGACAAUAUUUUUCUCGUUUAACUGA